AUGCGUACCUCAAUCUACCUCUCCCGCUUCCUUGCCCUCCUCUUCUGCAUCGUCUUCCCCCUCUACCUCGCCAUCCGUGGUUCCGCCUGGAAGUCUGACAUCGCAUUUCUCCUCUUUGGCCUCCACGAGCGCGCUGCCCUUCACAUCAAGACCAUAUCCCCAAUUGCUGCCCCUCUAUCACCAAUUGUCGCCAAAGCCUUCCAAGCUUUUGGUGAGCCCGCAAAACCCGUACGCGUACCUGAACGCAGGAGAAGGAAGAGAUACCCCUCCCUUCCCAAUGGACUGGCGCACUGUAUCAACUCCUUCGAGCAGUAUCCGUUCCUCGCAGAGCAAGUGCUCCAGCGGAAGCAUGCGCGGUAUUCCAAGCAGACGCCUGCGCAGAAGGCGAUAAGCAACCAACUCGGCUAUCCUGCACAUUUCGAGAAAGCUAGGAAGGGGAUUGAAGUGAAUGCCCGGUUCUCGGAAAAGAUCGCACGGAUUGCGAGGGAGGCUUACCAUACAGGUCCGCUAGCGUUGGAGGAUGUCGAAGACGCGGGAUAUGGAGGUGUGGACCUGGCGUUUGGGCAUCUUUCGCGAGACUGGAGUACGCAGGGCGUAAGGGAGAGGCAGGCCGUGUUUCCGCCUGUUCUAGAUGGGCUUGAGCAACAUUUUGGCGGGAAUGUGAGAGGGACCAAGGUGCUUGUGCCCGGAAGUGGUAUGGGCAGGUUGGCAAGUGAUAUCGCUGAUUUAGGAUACGACGUCACGGCCAAUGAGCUGGACUACGGCUCCAUCCUGGCCUAUCACCUACUAACGAACCACACGAGCUCGCUGAAUCAGCACACCUUGCAGCCCUUUGUGACCAAAUGGACGCAUCAGGCCAAUCCCUCCUCGCGCUACUCCACCGUAACUGUGCCGGACCACUGGCCAAACAAGGCCGUCAAGCUCGUCGAAGGCGACUUCUUGGAGAUGUUCCCCGAGGAUGGUGAGUUCGACGCUGUCGUCACGCUCUUCUUUAUUGACAUUUCCGAUAAUGUGAUUGACUUCCUGAGCAACAUACAUCGGCUGCUAAAGCCUGGUGGGGUGUGGAUCAACCUUGGGCCGCUGAAAUGGGGCACCCACACUGCUCUCCAACUCUCCGCGGAGGAAGUGCUCCAGCUGGCAGAUACCAUCGGGUUUGAUGUGGACCAUACAUCAAGGAAGAGCAUCGACAGCCUGUAUUCCGAGCAGCCAGAUACGUUGCUGAAGUUCACUUAUGGGAAGAACAUCAUUGAUCUUCCUUUUCCAACCCUCACAGUCAACAUGGCUGAUUUCUCUCGCCCAACGCGUCGUAUUAACUCCGAGGGGAGUCAACGACGGAACUCGACUCUCUCGGACUCGAUCUCAGAAGCCCGCAACUCGAUCCGCUCAUCAACAGACGACUUGUUUCUACCUCGUGUAGCAAAAGACCAUGCACUCUCAACUGAAGAAUCAAAUUGGCAUUCUGCACCCCUCGGGCUAGCCCUCCUGCCUGCAAUUGCAGGCAUUUUCUUCCAUGAAGGUAGUUCCUUCGUCACCGACGUCACAUUACUAGUCUUGGCCGCGAUAUUUCUCAACUGGUCUGUCCGGUUGCCUUGGGAUUGGUACCGUUCGGCCCAGGCCAUCCGACGAGAAGAAAGUGGAUUCCCCGCGCCCGACGAUCCCCACGAACACGACCAAGAGCACCAACCCCAACACAAAGAGGCAGCCAUCUCCGAGCUCCAAAUCCACGAGCUCGCCGCACUAGCCGCCUGCUUCAUAUUCCCCAUAAUCGGAACCUGGCUCCUCCACGCCAUCCGCUCCAGCCUCUCCCGCCCCUCCGAAGGCCUAGUAUCAAAUUACAACCUAACAAUCUUCCUCCUAGCCUCCGAAGUCCGCCCAGUCGCCCAUCUCCUAAGACUAAUCCAAAAACGCACCCUACACCUCCAACGCAUCAUAACCUCAACAGACCUAAACCCAACAACCCUCCAAGACCUAACAAAACGUCUCGAAGAGCUCGAAGCCCACGUCGCCGAAACAGCAACAGCCCGUCUCGCAACGCAAAACCUCUCCCCAAAAGAACAAGAUCAACCCGAAACUGCUUCCAUCGUCGCACACGCAGCCCUUGAAUCCCGUAAAUCUAUCCAACCAGAUAUCGAGGCCCUUAAUCGCGCUGUUAGACGCUACGAGAAACGGUCCGCCCUCUUCACACUGCAGACUGAUCAGCGCUUCGUGCGCCUCGAGACCAAAGCUGCCGAUGCGCUUGCGCUGGCUGCUGCUGCGCAGCGGUUGGCGGAGUCGCGGCGUCCGAAUUAUGCGCUCGUACUGCUGGACUGGGCUUGCGCGUGUAUCGUCGUGCCUGCUCAGAUUGCGCUGUCGGUUGGUGCUUUGCCUGGGCGUGCGGUCUCGGGGUGCUGGGAUGCUGCGAGACAUAUGUUGAUCGGGCGGAAGGUUAGCCCGCAGGCACAGCCGCAGCCGAGAUCGAAGUCUAAGUUUGGGUUGAAGGGGAAGGCUGGGGCUGGAGGUGUAGGUGAGGUGGGAUCGUCGGGUGCGUAUCGACAGGGUGGUGGGAUGGCACCGCAGCGGCGGUCUGGGGCGAGGAAUGAAGAUGGAGUCUGA